UCAACUGUGUACUGCAAUUCACCAAAUUAGCCUGAGGACAUAGUCUGAGUUAAAACUAUCUACGGAUUCUUAUGUCCUAUCUAUACGAAGAGACACACACUCUACUGUAGCAACUAUCGAGACAUAACCCUGAAUUCCACAUACAAAAUUUUCUCCCGCGUUGUGUUACAUAGACUGAGAUCUACAACAGACCAAAUGUUCACCUUGAGACAGUCACAUCAUCUGUUUAUAGCCUUCAAGGCGGCGUACGACUCAGUGAAACGCAACGAGUUGUAGCAGCGGGCGAAAUUUCGUACCCGUUUGUGAUGUGUGAUGGUCUGAAGCAAGGAGACGGUCCCUCGAACUUGCUGUUUAACAUAGCCUUGGAGAGUGCUAUACGAAGGGCGUCAUUCGUAUAACUAUGGAGGAGGCCUUUACAGUUCUCAUGGUGGAUGGGCGACCGUCUACGAUAAUAUUCAACAGAGACUCGGAUAGAGACCGGUUAUUUUUAGGUAGAUUCUGUACGCGGAUAGAGGUGACUGGAGAGCAGCACGUCGAGUUUUAUGGAGAACAUAUUCUGGAUUCGUUUGUGUAAUGUUAUCUCUUCGGUGAAACAGCAUCAGUAUUCUCGAAAAAAAAAUAUUUGAGAGGAGCUCAGGCGAUCAGAGUACAAAAAUUGAACUGGCUCAUACAAUGCAUAAAACGCUUCCAUUAUUUCAGAAAUAGCAAAAAAAUCAACUGCGAUUUUAACCUACUACUGAACCUCUGAAUGGUCGUUAUUGGUAGAGUCUUCGUAAUUGAACCAUGGUGCAGUGGUAGAAGAAUGAUCAUGAAUUUUUAGUGGAAAAAUAUAAAAAUGCAGAAUUUAGUUUUGCAUAAUUCUUGACCUAUUGUUGGAUUAUUUUCAUCAUUCCAACUUUUUAAUCGGACAGUUUAAAUCUAUUUUAAUACUUGCGCUCAAAAUGUUAUAAGUGAAAUCAGUAAGUCUAAAUUCAUGAGACAUUCAUUUUCAAAUCAAUGUGUUCAAUUUGAAGUGUGAAAAUCGGAAAAAAUAAACGUGAUAAUUUUCUACCGUGUAUCCAAUGCUGAAAUGACAACCAGCAGAGAUUGUGGUGAGGUGAAAUUCUAGGUGGUGGGAGUCGGUAAACAAGUUCAAGUGACGCUACGGUACGAAUUCAAAAACAAAUUUCGGUCCUUUUAAGAUCUAAAUGGGAAGUGAAAAAAUAUAAUUUUGAAGCUAAAAUUUUGAUGAUUCGUGUGAGUGUAUUUUGUACCAAUGGAAAUGGGAGAACCUGUUUUCGUAAAAAUGGAAAAAGAGUCCGGGACGAUAAAAGCGGAAGAGAUUACGAUAUUCGAUUAUCUGUUGGAUGCUAUAAAAUCUGAUCUACCAGUCACCAAAAAGGAAAAAUGCUCUUUUAACGAGGCAACGGCCCCACUAUAUGGAUCAAGUGUGGUGGUAAGCGACCCUGCAAUCGACAACACUAUCGCCGGUGAAACGGAGACGGCUGCAGCAGCUGAUGAUGAAAUUGCCGCUUCAAGCUCAAGUCAACACCGCAUGGAUCGCCCCUAUAAGUGCAUCGUUUGUGGGAAAGUGUUCAAGCUCAAAGCUUCCCUUGUAAGGCAUACGCGCCCUAACGGUGACGGGCGACGGUACCGAUGCGACAUCUGCGGCAAAAAAUACAAAACAAUGUGUAAUCUACAUGAACACAAGAAGAAUCACACAUCCGGUGAUGGUAAACCGUACAGAUGCGACAUUUGUGGAAAAAGUUUCAUUUAUCGAUCUAUCCUCUCGAGACAUACGAAAAUUCACAGUGGAGAGCGACAGCACAAAUGCGAUAUCUGUGGAAGGGAUUACAAGUCAGCAUAUAAUCUGAAUCAACACAGGAAGUAUCACACAACCAAUGAGGAUGAAUUGCACAAAUGUGCCAUUUGCGAUAAGGGUUUCGUGCAUCGCCACGCACUCGUACAACAUUUGGAAUCUCAUAGUACUGAGCGACGGUACAAAUGCGACAUUUGCGGCCUGGAAUACAAAUCAGCAAGUAAUCUGAGUGAUCACAAGAAGUGUCACACAUCCGGUGAGAAAGACCUGCACAAUUGCGAUUUUUGUGGUAAAGGUUUUUCAGAUAACUCUGCCCUCGUGCAACAUUUGGACACCCACAACGACGAGCGAAUUUACAAGUGCGACACCUGCGGCAAACAACUUAAAACAAAAAGAGCUCUUCGCGCGCACAAAGGAGUUCAUAAAGAAAAACGAUUCAAGUGUGACAUCUGCGGCAAGGAAUACAAAUCAGUAAGUAAUCUGACUGAUCACAUGAAACUUCACACUCUUGGUAAGGAUUACCUGCUCAGAUGCGAUGUUUGUGGAAAAGGCUUCAUUUAUCGCUCUACCCUUUUAAGACACAUUCACACUCACAGUGACGAGCAUCGGUACAGAUGCGACAUAUGUGGCAAGGAUUACAAAGCAAUAGCCAGUCUGAACUUUCACAAGAAGUCCCACACAUCCCAUGAGUCUGGACAGCAUAAAUGUGCCAUUUGCGGAAAAACUUUCGUGCAUCGCUACAGCCUUGGGUUACAUUCGAGCACUCACAGUAACGUGCGACUACAUAAAUGCGAUAUUUGUGGCAAGGAUUACAAAACAGCAACUCAUCUGUAUCGACACAAAAAGUUUCACACAUCCGGUAACGAUGUACUGCACAAAUGCUCCAUUUGUGGGCAAGGUUUCGCGCAUCGCAAACGACUCGAAGAACAUUCGGACACUCACAGUGGUGUGCUUCGGUACAAGUGCGAUAUUUGCGGCAAGCCGUACAAGACGAAAGGAUUUCUUUACAAGCACAGAAAAGCACACAACGAUGAACAGUCGUAAAGAAUGCGGCGAACCGUUAGCUCGGCAUUUUAAAACAUAUUAUACCAUGAAAUAUCAUUACCAAAAAAACGCAGUUGAUCAAACCAAAUCACUCCAAGUCACUUCAAAACCAUAAAAACACUUAAAACAAACGUGUUGAUUUUCUACUGUGUAGCCAAUGCUAUAAUAACAACAGACUGUAUGUGUAUAGAGGUAAAAUUAUGGGUGGUGAUGUAGGUAAACAAUUUUAGCUGUUAACUGACGUUACAGCAAACCAAUGAGGUAUACACAGGUGAGGAAAAAGAAAAAGAAUAUUUUUGUCUGUUUGAAUAGCGAAAAAUAGGCAAAAACCACGUGGGUUGUGACGUAAAUCUUCGUCAACGAGCGAAUGUCAUUAGUAAAGGUAUUUCGCAUUGUUCAAUAACAUUUUCAGCCGAAAAAUGUACUUGUUUUUUCAAAUUGUUUUUAGAGUUCUACAUCAUCACUGUUAACGAGCAAACAGCCUUUACAAGGGAUUCAAUUAGUUCCAAUACACUUUAAAAAUGUGUUGAAAAACGAAAAUAUAAGAUAUUAUUUGCUGAGUCAA